AUGCCAGAGGUUUUCACUUGUCGAUUUGGAGCAACCCCUAUCACGGGAAUCAUUACGGCAUCAUUGUUCUGGCAACUUGAUAAUUCUCCCAGAGAAUACCAAGAAAGGGUAACGUUCUUCGCAUUUGUCACAAUUGCAGACUAUUACAUUUGUAGUGAUAGAUUGGCAAUUAUACUUCAGGAGAGGAACAUAAUGCUGAGAGAAACAACUUACAAUGUCUAUAGACUAUACUCCUAUUGGCUCUCUGUCUCUGAUGCACUAACCUGGCUUUCAUCCUUGUUGCUCCUCUCAAUCACAUAUUCCGUCACUACAUUUUGGGCGCCUGGUCUAGAAGGAGGAUUCACAGGGUUCUCCAUCUAUUUUGGAGUAAUCUUGGCUUCAUUUUGGGCUGGGAAUUCAUAUAUUCUUUUCCUCUCAGGAUUGCUUCCUGAUACCAGCCGUGCUUACAUGAUUAUUGUCAAAACUUUGGGUUCCUUAGUUCUGUUCUGCGGAGUAUACGUAACCCGCAAUGAAAUCCCACUCUACUGGAUUCGGAUCCACUACUUAUCCCUCAAGAAAUAUACAUACCAUGCACUAAUGCAUAAUGAAUUCGAUGAUCCAACAAGAUGUAUUGUUACAGGAAUUGAAGUUUUCGAUGGAACUCCCUUUGUUGGUACGGAACCGGUUGGAUUAAAAGAGCAGCUGUUGAGAGGCAUAAGCCACGUUUUGGGCAAGAAUAUUACGAGCUGGACGUGCACGACGACUGGACCUGACCUAUUGAAGCAGAGAGGGAUGGCUGAUAUUGGACAAUGGGAAUGCUUUUGGAUCACCAAUGCUUGGGGAAUUUUCUUUAGGAUAUUAUACUUUCUUUGUUGUUUGUUUAUGCCUCAUUCUUCUGGCAAAGGUGAUUUAAUCUUUGAUCCCGAGGUUGAGAAGACUGCGCAUAGGUUGCGAAAAGAAACUAGAAUACGUAUGAGAGAGCAGUCAUCUACUGCGUCUCUAGGGCUCAAUUUGGCUGUGAAUUUGCUAAAUUCUUCCAAUGAUUCUGAGCAAGAAGAAAUUAUUAUGGCAAAUAAUAAUUGGACUUUGGGGGAGUUGGCCGCUUCUGAUUUAAUUCAGUAG